AUGAGACCAACCACCCUCCCCCUCACCUUCACCCUCCUCCUCACCACCACAACCCUCGCCAUCGACAAAGUCUCCUACCCAGAAAUCUACCCAACCUACGGUGUCCAACCUUAUCCGCUUCCAGAUUUUGAUGCAGAAAUGGGUACAUCUGGUCACCGGCGUCGUGACGCGAGCGCAGCGAAUGAAGUGAACGCAGUGAGCGGCGUGAAUGGAGUGAACACGGUAAAUGGGGUUAAUGGAGUGCAUACAAUAAAUGGAAUCAACUGGGAGGAUUUUGUAGCUCCACCUCCGAAACAUACGUACACGCUUAAAGGACGGAAGAUUGUUGUUGAUAGGAUUAUUGGGGAGAGGAAGGGGUAUGUGGGGAAGGAGAUGAGGGAGAAGGAGUAG